CGCAUGUGAGAGCGCGAGGUCACCGCGUUCCUCGCGUUGCCUCCUCGUGGAUCGGUGAGAGCCUUGUCUGCCGAGGCUCUUGAUCAUCGAGGGUGGAGGGGAGCAGCAGCGCCGUUCUGUGCCACCCAGGAGCCAGCGAGACACGGCCAGGGGACGCUUCUUGUCAGAUUGUCGGCUUCCCAGACCCCAAGCUCGACUCGCGGCGACACGAAAGCAAGGACCCUUCGCUUCGGAGGGACCCUCGCUUGAGAAAGGGGCCAGAGGGAUAGUGCGGCGCGACAUUCGUGUCUUGGAGAGCUGGGGUGGUGGCGUUCCACCAAUCAGAAGAUGGCGUGUGGAAAAGCCGUCGAUGCUUGGGCUCGAAUCGCACCGCGGUGGGCGUUGCUUCUGGUGUUGGCAUUCGUUUGCCAUGCGAGUGCGUCGACGAGCUCGGCGGCGCCCCCUCCGUCACCAGCGGGUGUAACGAUUGCCCCGUCUACCGCAUCGGCGGCGUCUUCGGCGACGGCGGCGGGCGGGGAGGAGGAGGAAUCAUCCAGGGGGGGGAAGUCGUCGCUAACUGUGGUUGCCAUCGCGUUCGGAGUCGCCGCUUUUGUCGGCGGCGGGGCCGUGCUAUUGUAUUGGCUGUGCAAGAGGAACACUAAGCAAGAUCGGAGGAAAAGAAAACGCAGCAGUGGGAACGCCACCAGCGGCGGCAUCGGCGGCGGCAGCAGCACGAUCGCCACGUGGAGGAAGAGGGCUAGCAGCGGCAUGCGCGUCGGCGACGGCGGUGGCGGCGGCAGCGGCAACGGUAGCGGGGGGGACGCCGGCGCCGGAGUAGGGGGCGGGCGGUACAACGAACGGGAGGUGAUCCCGCCUUCCUCCUCUCUCUCUUCUGCCAACGCCUCGCGGUCGGUCUCGCUCGCUCUCAUGGCGGCACCGUUUGAGGGGAGCUCCGCCUGGAACGCCUCCGAACCUAAGCGAGAGUUCGACUUGGAACAAGGCGGCGGCGGUGACGGCGGUGGCAACGGUGACGGCGGUAACGGUGGCGGAGGCGGAGGUGGAGGAGAAGGCGGCGGAGGCGGCGAAUGCGGCUACGGUACCGACGGCAGCAGAGCCACAACACUCGGCGGGAGUAGGAUGGGCCCGCGCUUCGCGAACCCUCUGUAUGCUUUCCGGGUUCCCCCCAAGCGGAAGCUGGGACACGGGACGUCGACGGCGGGGGCGGCGGCGGUGCCGGCGGCUACGGCGAGCCCUAGCGCCGCCGGCGACAUGGACGAGGACGACUACGGGGCGGAGGUGAAGGAGGGCGGGGGCACGGGUUUCUGCGUGGGUGGCGAUGCUAGCGACAACAGCGGCAGCAUCGGAGGCGGUGCCGGUUGCCGGGUCGGGGUUUCCCCGCGGAAGGCGGUAGCAACUACGCCGGCGGGUGGUGGCGGAAGGAGCGACGGCCUCGACGUUGGGGACGAACCGGCAACAACCGAGCUCGACCAGCCCAUCGAAGGUGGUGUUGCCGGAGGAGCGGACUUCAGCACGGCUACGACCGGCGCCUUCAGCGACAGCCUCGGCGACAGGAGCAACGGCAACGGGGCGUACCCGCAGCCCGUGGGCAUGGAAGGGGUCGGGCCGCUAGGGAACGGCAGCGAUGCGGCCGAUGCCGCCGAGGCGUUACGACGGUCGUCCGCGCCCGACCUCCCGCGCGUGCGCUACAACAACGACAAGAACCCUCCCCUUCCCCGACGCCGGUCGCUGGGGGACGACCCCCAGGCCCGAGCCAGGCGUACGGCCGGCCGCUUCGCCUCCGCCUCCUCCUCAUCGUCGUCUAUCGCCGCGUCUUCCGUGCUCCAGGCGGCGGAGGGAGCCGUCGCGGGGGCGCAGUCUCUCUCCCCGCUGGAGACAUUCGUGCCCGGAGCGCGGGAAGUGUCCGGCGUGGCGACGGAGCAGGACACCGAUGCAAUACGCGUCGCUCUCGGGGCGGUGCGGGAGCCCGUUGCGUGCAUGGUGGAGAUCGUGCACUCCUACAAGAACACGCACGUCGUGUCGGAGGUGUUCUUCUCGACCAUGUUCCGCCGGCGCCAGAAGGAGGCCGACGAGGCGAUCCUGUCAGCCGAACGCCUUGUGAGAGCAACCUUACGAUAG